GAAAGCGUUUUUAUUAUCGAUAACAAUCGAUUACUCACACAUCAUUGCAAUAACAGCGUUUUCUCUCUGAACUGUGGUUAGCAUCACCGUGCCAUCAGCUCCCUUUUCUCUGAAACGUCAAAUUUGUUGCCCAGAAAUACAAAAGAAAUAACUAAAACAAGAUGCCACACAUGGUAACAAUGGGUAAUGGCCAAAGCCAAUCAAUUCAAGAAAUGUUGGGAUGCAUUGAAAGAUACAAUCCCGAUCAUUUGAAGACAUUGGAAGCCUACGUUGAAGAGCAAGCCAAAAACAACACUUAUGAUUUGGAAGCUAAUUUGGCUGUCUUGAAAUUGUAUCAAUUCAACCCGCACAUGUUGAAUCAUGAAAUUACCUAUACCAUCCUCUUGAAAUGUCUGACCAACCUGCCACACACCGAUUUUGUUAUGGCCAAAUGUUUGCUGUUGCCACAACAAAUGAAAGAUGAAACGGUUCAGACCAUCAUUGAAUUGGCUGAUAUUUUGGAACGUACCGAUUUUGUUUUGUUCUGGCAGAGAGCCGAUGUCAACAAGAGUCUAUUCCGUCACAUUACCGGUUUCCAUGAUUCCAUUCGCAAGUUUGUUUGCCAUGUCAUUGGUAUCACUUUCCAGACCAUCAGACGGGAUUUGUUGAAGGAACUUUUGGGCGGUAUUGAAGAUUCCACUUUGGACAAAUGGGUGAAACAAAAUGGCUGGAAGAAUCAAGGCAAUUUGGUGAUGAUUGCCUCGCAAGAUGAGAAAAUCAAGACCAAGAAUAUUACAGAGAAAAUUGAAUUCGAUAAUUUGGGUGGUUUGAUGGCCCAAUGUUUGUAAGGCAGAAAAUUUUGAAUGCAUAAAACAGCAAGCCACAAAAAAAAAUACAACCCAUAUUCCACAAAAAACCAAACACUUUGUAUUUCUGUAAACAAGAAGAGUAAAAUAAAACAGGAACUUUAUGUGUGACAUUUUUUUAAAUAG